AUGAGAGCUUACAACCUUAUUGAGUUAUUUAAAUUUAUCACAGAAGACCUAGAAAUGUACUUUCAAAGAAAACUUCUUUACUUGGCUUUUGGGAGAUCAGCUAGCUCUGUUAGUCAAAGCACAAUAACCAUAGAUGAAAAAAAUCCAAGCAAAUUCCAUGUGCCCAGCAGGGGGGACAACAACAUCAUAUACACAAUAGAAAACUGUACAUCCCCACAGGGAACAAGUGGAAAUGCCUGCCCCUACCAAGCAGCUGCGGCAUUGAAAUUUGGAAUAAGCAACAUAAACUUUGUUCCUGAAACAGCAAAGGAGAGAUUCAACCUCGCUAUUCUCGCUGUUGGGAAUAACAACAAUUUCAGUGUCACCCAGUUUGUAAGCCUUCACCAAAAAGAAAUUGAAAGCAGACCUCACUUCUACAAAGACCAAGACAAGGAUCAUGAUGAACAGCAAGUAAUAUUACCUUCAAUGCCUGCUGACUCACAAGAAAGUAUUAGCACAGAAACUGCAUCAGUUCACAAACAGAUGCCAAUUUGUCAGAUGCUGAGUUAUCAGUUGACCAAAUAA